AUGGACUACACCAACAAAUUUGUGGAGCUCGCGUCCGAGACCGACUGGAACGACGCUGCCAAGAUCUCCCAGUACCGACUAGGCCUGAAAGACGCCGUCCAAGACAUGCUUGCCCUCGUUGACGAGCCCAAAGAGUUUUCCGAAUUUACUGCCAAGGCCAUCAACAUCGACAAACGACAAUAUGCCCGCUACGUGGAAAAACAACACAGUCCAACCACACAUCGCUCCAAUUCCUCCACAACCUCUUCAACAUCUCGACCUCCGAUUACUGUCUCCCGCCCCGCCAUCUCUCCAGCUCCACCUCCAGCUUUGCCAGCCCCCUCUGCUCCCUCCAUGGCCAUGGAUUUGAGCCAAGCUCGCCACCUUGACUCUGAAUAA